AUGGAAACUCAUCAAAAUCUCUCUCUCUUAUUACUCUUUGUGCCCUAUUUGUUGGCAUGCAGUGUUGGUCAACUUGAUCGUGGUAUUAGUCGGUCAGAUUUUCCACUUGACUUCAUAUUCGGAGCAGCAUCAGCUGCUUAUCAGUAUGAAGGAGCGGCGGAUAUUGGGGGAAGAAAACCCAGUAUAUGGGAUACCUUCACUGAGAAUUAUCCAGAAAAAAUAGCUGACAGAAGCUCUGGAAAAGUUGCAGAAGAAUUCUAUUUUAGAUAUGAGAGCGACAUCCACCUACUGAAAAAAACGGGUUUCAACUCCUUUAGAUUCUCUAUAUCUUGGUCUAGAGUAUUACCAAAUGGACGUGGGCAACCGAAUCUUGAUGGCAUCAAAUUUUACAAAAGUCUCUUGGAGACGCUUAAUAGAAAUGGCAUCAAACCAGUAGUGACUUUAUUUCACUGGGAUCUGCCUCAAGCUCUAGAAGAUGAAUAUGGUGGAUUUUUGAGCCCGAAGUUCGUGGAUGAUUAUCUCGCAUAUGUGGAUUUUUGCUUCAGAACAUUUGGCCAUUAUGUGAAAAGUUGGAUUACAUUUAAUGAGCCAGUUAUUUUUACUACCAAAGCGUAUGAAUUUGGUGUUUUCGCACCUGGACGAUGUUCUCAUUAUAAUGGAAAUUGCACUAAUGGGAACUCAGCAACAGAACCUUACAUCGUGAUUCACCAUUUAAUUCUCGCUCAUGCAAAAGCAGUGGACUUGUAUAGAAAGAAAUACAAGGAACUUCAAAAGGGAAAUAUAGGAAUAACAAUACAAUCUUUAUGGGUCGUACCAAAAUUUCGUACACCUGAAUCUUGUUUGGCAGCCUAUAGAGCCCUAGACUUCUCGCUUGGAUGGGUUUUUCACCCAAUUACAUUCGGAGACUAUCCAGAAAUCAUGAAAUCUUUGGUUGGAUGCCGAUUGCCUAAAUUCACUGAAGAUGAAUCGAAACUAAUAAAAAAGUCGUACGAUUUCUUGGGUCUAAAUUAUUAUACUGCAAGAUAUGCGGAGGAUUCAAAUGUCUCAUGCGUUAUAAAUCAAGGUCCUUAUGGUGAUAGUCGUGUUAAUCUGACAGAUUCCAAAGAUGGUGUACCUAUUGGGCAGAAGAUUGAUGGAACGUGGAUGUUCGUUUAUCCACAAGGAAUUGACGAAUUGGUGUUGUACAUAAAAGAAAAUUACAACAACCCUCCUAUUUACAUCACUGAGAAUGGAGUUCCUGAUCCGAUCAAUAGUACUAGUCUCAAUGAUGUUGGAAGAAUAGAUUACUAUCGUAGUCAUCUACAACAUCUCUUAAAGGCUAUUAAGGCUGGAGCCAACGUGAAGGGGUUCUAUAUUUGGACAUUUCUUGAUGACUUUGAGUGGAAUUCCGGUUACACUUAUAAAUUUGGCAUCUACCACAUUGAUCGCAAAAAUAACUUGACAAGAAUCCCCAAACGUUCUGUUGAAUGGUUUAGAGAAUUCUUCAAGACCAUUCCCAGAGUCAUGAAUAUUCAUGAGGAGCCAAUAACUUCUUCAUUUCUCACUGCAGCCUAAUUAAAGAAAUACAUAUGAUCUUAAAAUAUAUGUCUUUAAAAUAAAUGCUGUUGAAGAAGAAAAUUAGUAUUUAUGUGAACAAAAGCUACUUCGAGUUUCAGUGUGUGAGAAUAAUAUUAUCUAUCAUGUACUUGUGUUGUGUGAGACUUUAUAUAUAAGGAAAUAAAAUGCCUUUACGUGCUUGUUUAUUAUAAUUA